UAAAAGUUUACCUUUAUUGGGAAGAAUGUUAAUAAUAAAAUAGAAAAUGUUAUUUUACCCUUUACAACACAGUGGUAUAUAGCGUUUGCAUAUAUGCCUACCAGACUUCAAAAUGUGAAAUGGAAAUGAAAACAUUCUAGAGGAGUUUUCUAGAAUGGGGGAAGAAAGUCUAGCUUCCACAUUUGUGGAAUGGCUUAAAAUAUUUGUGAUUUUACGAUGGAAAGAUUGAGUAUAGAGGAAGGUUAGACAUAACUUACUUGGCAAAACUUAGGGCUUUGGAAAUUGGUAGUUCCCCUAAAACCUGACAAAAGAAUAUUGGAAUUUAGAAAUAGUUAUGGUACUUCAAAGAGUAUAAAGGAAGCAUUGAUGCAUAAUAUUUGUGCUUCAUCUUUGAAGCUUUGGUGACGAUGAUGAUGAGUGGAACAUUAAAGGUGUAGAAUAUAGUAAAUGAUCUUUGGAAAUCUAAUAUCUAGUUAUGGAGAUUAUGCUGAAACAUAAUCAUGUAAUUAGGUAGAGAUAUAUAUGUAAAUGAAUAGGUAUUUGAUGGAAAGGGAAAUAGGUGGUUAGGAAGAGAGGAAUAAGGGUAGGCUAGAAUAGUCAGGAAAAAUAUCAUGACUGGGGUUGGGCAUUGCCUGAGCCUUAAAGAACAGACAGGAUUGUAAGAGAUGAAGAAAACAUGAAGGUCGUUUAGGCUGUAUGGUCAUCAAUAUAUGCUGCUCCUCAUCAUCAAAGUUAAUAAACAUAUUAGCAUACAUUUUCUCCAGGAUAUUUCACUAAGCACUGUUGGGAUGAAGUAAGCGCCUAUCCAUGAGGCAUUUACAGAUUCACUGGAUGCUUGUUGAAUUUACUUAACAGACCUUUCUAAAGGCCUUCUAGUCAUAGAAAGCAUGCAGAGUUAUACAGUCAAAAAUUGGUCAGCAUGACUAUCCAGCAGCAGAAUUCUCGGUCCAAAGACAAAUAAAUCUUAUGUGGUGUAUUCUUUUAUUCUUAAAUUUUAAUAUAUUUAUGUAAAAAAAGAAUGUGAUUUCAAAUAACCCUCUGAGUCCUACUUUUCUCAUAUGUGAAAUAAAGGUGUUAAAGAACUGGAUCUUUGAAGGCCUAUGUAGACUUGUAAUUGCAUAGUUCUUUGUCCUGAGUUUAUCAGCAUACAACAUAUAACUGAAAGAUUUACCUAAUAUAUCUUAGUCUUAGUGGUGUAGAGUAUAUGAAAAUAGAGUGUUGUUCAUAUAAAUUGUUGCAUGCUAUUUUAGCCUUGUUUACAGCUUAAAAAGUAGUUUGAAUUGACCAUUGGAAUAGACCAUUUGGAGCUCCUGCUGGAUCAACCAGCACCAAGUUGUGCCCACUAUUCAGAAUUUUGAAAAAACAAAGUAUCACUCUAUUAUCGCAUUUUUAAAAAUCUACAUAAUUCUUAUGUUGCUCUUUUCUUCAGUCUUUCCAUUUUUCUGUCUUCUUUCAAAUCUGCCUAGGUAUUAAUAUAAAGAGAAGAAAGCUUCAAAUAUGGAUCUCAUCACACUAGACAACUAUGGAAUUGCAUUAACUGAAGUAUGCUUAGGAAAAAUGCUCUAAUUAAUUUUAUGUGGUAGGAUAUGUUGGGGAAUGUCAGACCAGUGUUAGCUCACUCACUGUAGACACAAUCCGGUGGACACCUUGACUCCUCCAUCCCCCAAUCUGCCAGCCCUCCACAUUCAUUGUCUUGGGGAUGGAAUCACACAUCAGAAACACUGAGAGAGAAGAUGCAACUCUUGUCUUUUGAGUUGCACAAGCCAAGACCGCAGCAUAGAUGAGUUCGUGAAGAAGAUAUGAUGACCCACGCAAAGCUGCCCUCCACUUCGCCACUGAGAUAAAACAUUAGAAUUAUAAGGAAAGAAGGGAUCUAUGUUCAUGAGCACCGGCCACACUAGUAAUCCCACUCAAACUGUGUUGAAAGAGCAUCAGAGAAAAAAAGACAACUGUAUUCGCCUGGGAAAAACUAAUGGCCGCUUGAAGAUGCCAUUGAAGAUGAGGAAGAAGAAUGUCCAUCAGAGGAAACAGACAUCAUCUCCAAAGGAGACUUUCCAUUGGAGGAAAGCUUUUCCACAGAAUUUGGGCCUGAAAAUCUGAGCUGUGAAGAAGUGGAAUACUUUUGUAACAAAGGUGAUGAUGAAGGAAUCCAGGAGACAGCAGAAUCAGAUGGGGACACACAGUCAGAGAAACCGGGGCAAUCUGGAGUUGAGACAGAUGACUGGGAUGGCCCAGGUCCAUGGAAAAAUGUGCACUAAACCAGCACGAAAUUUGCCAAAAAGGUUGGGGACCCCUGCUCUAGAGGCUGUCUUCUGUCAUAGCACUUUUCAUCCUAGAGGAGAGCUGGAGGUGUUUCAGAAAGAUGGGGAACGAAAAAUUCAGAGUCGACAGCAACUUCCGGUGGGAACAACCUGGGGGCCGUUUCCUGGGAAGAUGGACUUGAAUAAUAAUUCUUUGAAGACAAAGGCUCAGGUCCCAAUGGUGCUGACUGCUGGUCCCAAGUGGUUGCUGGAUGUGACUUGGCAAGGAGUGGAAGACAACAAAAACAACUGCAUUGUGUACAGCAAAGGGGGUCAGCUUUGGUGUACAACUACGAAGGCCAUCUCUGAGGGUGAAGAGCUAAUUGCCUUUGUGGUGGAUUUUGACUCAAGGCUACAAGCUGCCAGUCAGAUGACUUUCACAGAAGGGAUGUACCCUGCACGCCUGCUGGACUCAAUUCAGCUGCUUCCUCAGCAAGCUGCCAUGGCUUCUAUUUUGCCCACAGCUAUUGUCAAUAAGGAUAUAUUCCCUUGCAAGUCCUGUGGCAUCUGGUAUCGGAGUGAGCGGAAUCUGCAGGCCCAUUUGAUGUACUACUGCAGUGGGAGGCAAAGAGAAGCUGCUCCAGUGUCAGAGGAAAAUGAAGACAGUGCCCAUCAGAUUUCCAGCCUGUGCCCCUUCCCACAGUGCACCAAGAGCUUUUCAAAUGCUCGAGCUCUAGAAAUGCACCUGAAUUCACACAGUGGAGUGAAAAUGGAAGAAUUUCUGCCCCCUGGUGCUAGUCUAAAAUGCACCGUCUGUAGCUACACUGCUGAUUCUGUGAUCAACUUUCACCAACACCUGUUCUCCCAUCUCACUCAAGCUGCCUUCCGAUGUAAUCACUGCCAUUUCGGCUUCCAGACUCAGAGGGACUUAUUGCAGCACCAGGAGCUCCAUGUCCCUAGCGGCAAACUUCCCAGAGAAAGUGACAUGGAACACUCUCCAAGUGGAACCGAAGACAGCUUACAGCCAGCCACAGACUUACUGACCAGAAGCGAACUUCCCCAGAGCCAAAAGGCCAUGCAGACUAAAGAUGCGAGCUCUGACACAGAGCUGGACAAGUGUGAGAAAAAGACUCAGCUCUUUCUCACAAACCAGAGACCAGAGAUACAGCCUACAACAAAUAAACAAAGCUUUUCUUACACAAAAAUAAAGUCUGAGCCCUCUAGCCCAAGACUUGCCUCAUCUCCAGUUCAGCCUAAUAUUGGGCCUUCUUUCCCUGUGGGCCCUUUCCUAUCUCAGUUUUCUUUCCCCCAAGAUAUCACCAUGGUCCCUCAAGCUUCAGAGAUCUUAGCCAAGAUGUCUGAACUGGUGCAUCGGCGACUGAGGCAUGGCAGUAGUAGCUACCCUCCUGUCAUCUACAGCCCCUUGAUGCCCAAGGGGGCUACUUGUUUUGAGUGUAACAUAACAUUCAAUAAUUUGGAUAAUUAUCUAGUGCACAAAAAGCAUUAUUGCAGCAGCCGAUGGCAGCAGAUGGCUAAGUCCCCAGAGUUCCCUAGUGUGUCAGAAAAGAUGCCUGAAGCUUUGAGUCCCAACACCGGCCAAACCUCCAUAAACCUUCUCAACCCAGCUGCUCAUUCUGCUGAUCCUGAGAAUCCACUUCUUCAAACAUCUUGCAUCAAUUCUUCCACUGUCUUAGAUUUAAUUGGGCCAAAUGGGAAGGGCCAUGACAAGGACUUUUCCACUCAAACUAAGAAGCUCUCCACCUCCACUAACAAUGAUGACAAAAUUAAUGGAAAACCUGUUGAUGUGAAAAAUCCCAGUGUCCCCUUAGUGGAUGGGGAAAGUGACCCAAAUAAGACUACCUGUGAAGCUUGCAACAUUACCUUCAGCCGGCACGAAACAUACAUGGUCCACAAACAGUAUUACUGUGCUACUCGCCACGACCCUCCACUAAAGAGGUCUGCUUCCAACAAAGUGCCUGCCAUGCAGAGAACCAUGCGCACACGCAAGCGCAGAAAGAUGUAUGAGAUGUGCCUACCUGAGCAGGAACAAAGGCCUCCACUGGUUCAGCAGAGAUUUCUUGACGUAGCCAACCUCAGUAAUCCUUGUACCUCCACUCAAGAACCCACAGAAGGGCUAGGAGAGUGCUACCACCCAAGAUGUGAUAUCUUUCCAGGAAUUGUCUCUAAGCACUUGGAAACUUCCCUGACGAUCAACAAAUGUGUUCCAGUUUCCAAAUGUGACACUACUCAUUCCAGUGUUUCCUGCCUAGAGAUGGACGUGCCCAUAGAUCUCAGCAAAAAGUGUUUAUCUCAGUCUGAGCGGACGACCACGUCUCCCAAAAGGCUGCUGGACUAUCACGAGUGCACUGUGUGCAAGAUCAGUUUUAAUAAGGUAGAAAACUAUCUGGCCCACAAGCAGAAUUUCUGCCCGGUUACUGCACAUCAGCGUAAUGACCUGGGUCAACUGGACGGCAAAGUGUUUCCGAAUCCAGAAAGCGAACGAAACAGCCCUGAUGUCAGCUACGAAAGAAGCAUAAUAAAAUGUGAGAAAAACGGGAAUUUGAAGCAGCCUUCCCCCAAUGGAAACCUAUUUUCAUCCCACCUAGCAACCCUGCAAGGCUUGAAGGUCUUUAGUGAAGCCGCUCAGCUCAUUGCUACAAAAGAAGAAAACAGACAUUUGUUUCUUCCACAAUGCCUUUACCCUGGAGCAAUAAAGAAAGCAAAAGGAGCCGACCAGCUUUCUCCAUAUUAUGGAAUCAAGCCAAGUGAUUAUAUUUCUGGUUCUCUUGUCAUCCAUAACACUGACAUCGAGCAAAGCACAAAUGCAGAAAAUGAAUCUCCUAAAGGCCAGGCUUCCUCAAAUGGGUGCGCUGCGCUGAAGAAAGAUUCUCUACCAUUGUUGCCCAAAAAUCGAGGAAUGGUAAUAGUGAACGGUGGACUGAAACAAGAUGAGAGACCUGCUGCCAACCCACAGCAAGAGAACAUUUCCCAGAAUCCUCAGCAUGAAGACGACCACAAAUCUCCCUCAUGGAUCUCUGAGAACCCAUUAGCUGCCAAUGAGAAUGUCUCACCAGGAAUUCCCUCAGCAGAGGAACAGUUGUCUAGUAUAGCAAAAGGUGUGAAUGGUUCCACCCAGGCUCCAACCAGUGGGAAAUAUUGCCGGCUGUGUGAUAUCCAGUUCAACAACCUUUCAAACUUUAUAACUCACAAGAAGUUUUAUUGCUCAUCACAUGCAGCGGAACAUGUCAAAUGAACUAACUGAAUAAACAUCAGUCACCUCUGGUAUCAGUGUUUAGUAUGUUGUUCUAACCAGUCC